AGAAAAAAAACUUUUUUUUUUAAUUGAGGAAUCAACAGCCGCCAUCUUGUCGUACUGGAGUCGGGAUUUCAGGAGCAAUUUCCUUGGAAUCGAAAGGCCAAAAUAACUCCGUAACGAUAAGGACCCCCCACAGGAGUGCAGCGACUGUCAUUCUGAACGUACCUGGUGCGCAAAAUGGAGAUUUGGACUGACAGGAAGUGAUUAACGGUGGUUGCGAGCGGCAGUCCGCGAUAAGGGGGGCACUAGGGAGCUGCGCUCAUUGUUUUUUUUUUUUUUCCCCUCGUAGCGACAGCGGUGGCGGAACGUAACGGGAACGGUAACAGAAGACGCUUCAGACUCUAGUGAAUCUGUCAAAUUACAAGCUGCUUUGAACCUACUUACCGUUCCUCAGUGAAGAUAAACAUACAUCAGUACAGACACAUAUAUAUGUCUAAUAGGAAAUAUAUUUGUACCGGUGUAAGGAAGUGCAAAGAUGCGCCCUGAUUGAGUCAAGGGCAGCUACUCAGAACGUAGUGGCCGGCUACGUGCAACUCAAGGGGUUAAAUGUAGUUCUGGCCGGGCCGAAGAUGUGGGUGUUGGGUGUCUCGGUAGAGCUGCUCUCAGGGGUUGUGGAGCUCUUUCCGAGGCACGGUGGGGCGCUCACGAUCCGUCACUGAGAUUGGGUGCUCGCGGUCGCUCCCUAUCGGUGUCUCCGUGAGAGAAACGUCAACCCCCCGCAUCUCGCGGGGAGACUCGCGCCUUGUUUCUAAGUGUCUUCUGUUGUGUCUUGUACGGGCAAUUGUGCAGUGAAUUUUCCCCCGUGUAGGGGGACUCUGUGUCCCACCUUAUAUUUCUACUCGCUGACAGCUCCUACUUCCAGCAUCCUUUCCGCUGCUGUAAGCACGGGGGUCGAGCGGGCACUUUACGAGUAAAAUGGCUGAGAACCUACUGGAGGGCCCAUCGAACCCAAAACGACCCAAACUGAACUCGCCUGGACUGUCAGCCAGCGAAGAUUUUGGAACAUUCUUUGAUUUGGAGGAUAACCUCCCAGAUGAACUGAUUCCGAAUGGAGGAGAUUUAAGCAUAUUGAACAGCAAUGGGAGCCCUGGCCAAGAUGCUGCCUCCAAGCACAAGCAACUUUCAGAACUGUUACGGGCGGGCAGUUCAAGCUUAAGUGUAAACUCUAGCAGUCCUGUCCAACCUGGAAUGGCUAUCACCGUCCAACAGAACAGUACCAGUAUUGGUGGCUUGUCUUCAGUAAGUAAGAACCCAAUGAAUACAGGUCUUACAUCACCUGUAUCGAACUUGAAGCAGACAGUUAACACCUCUGGCUGUACAUCUUCUGCAGUGCAAGCCUUGAAUUCUCAAACACAGAAACAAGUCAACAUGGUGUCGAACAGUGCAGUGACUUCACAAACUGCCCCUGGAUUAUGCUUGAACACUAACUUUAACCAGACACAUCAGGCCCUCCUAACAAGUAACUCUGGUCACAGUUUGAUGAGUGCAUCCCAGCCAGGACAAGGGCAAGUAAUUAAUGGAUCACUUGGUGCAGCUGGAAGAGGUAGAACAACAGGAAUGCAGUUUUCUGGACCUGGAAUGCAGGGAAACACCGGCAGUGUGCUGGCUGACACAUUAACGCAAGGGGCCCCAGUGAUGGCUGGUCAUACAUCACUGAAUGCUCCUCAGACUGGAGCCAUGACUAAGAUGGGAAUAUCAAGUACUCAGAAUCCUUUUGGGCAACAGCUUGGAAAUGCUGGUGUCAACCCUCAGUUACAGAACAAAGUCGGUAUAGCUAGCAGCUUACCUACCUUUCCUGCUGAUAUGAAAGGGACUGCAGUUACCAGUAUUCCAAAUAUGUUGCUCACUGUGCUUCUUCCCGGCAAAUCAUCUCCCAUUGGAAGAACUGCACACGGAAUGAUUGUCCUGUAUGUCUCCCAUUAAAACAUGCUAAUGAUAAAAGAAUUCAACAGUCUGUACUAGGUCCCCAGACUGGAAUUCCGAAUCCUAUUGGUACAGUAGGAACAGGUCAGCAGAAUUCACCAUCAAUUGGCACUGCAAAUCCAAUUGAUCCCAGCUCCAUGCAGCGAGCCUAUGCUGCCUUAGGUUUGCCAUAUGGUAAUCAGUCCCAAACACAGCUACAGCCCCAGGUACAAGGUCAACAAACGGCUCAAUCGCAAAGUCAUCAGCAACAGAGAGCGUUGAAUACACUUGGUCCUAAUCAGAUGAACCUUAGUGCUGGAAGUGGAGGAGGAGGAGCAGCUGCAGCAACAACAGCAGCAGUAUCAAUGGGGGUCCCCACUCCUGAGCAACAAGCAAAUCUGAUGCCAGAUACAGCCCUUCCUGCAUCUAUGGGGACUUCAAACCCACUGAUGAAUGACGGCACAAAUACUGGCAGUAUUAGUAACUUGGGAACAAUGCCAACAGCAGCACCACCUUCUAGUAGCAUUGUGAGGAAAGCCUGGCAUGAACACGUCACUCAGGAUCUUCGCAAUCACUUAGUACAUAAACUUGUACAAGCCAUAUUUCCUACCCCAGAUCCAGCAGCACUGAAAGAUCGUCGUAUGGAGAAUCUGGUAGCUUAUGCUCGGAAGGUGGAAGGGGACAUGUACGAGUCUGCAAAUAGCAGGGAUGAAUAUUAUCACUUGUUAGCAGAGAAGAUUUACAAAAUUCAGAAGGAGUUGGAGGAGAAGCGACGGUCACGUUUACAGAGGCAGGCCAUUGUGGGUAAUCAGCCUGCCAUGCAGACAUCUGGAACUCAGCCUCCAGCAAUAGCAUCAAGUGCUCCCGUUCCUCAUCCUUCACCUCCUGUUCGACCAUCUAAUGGGCCCAUUCCAUUGCCAAAUCAGAUUCUGAACCGGAUGCAGGCAUCUCCAGGUGUGAAUCAGUUUAACUCCAUGGCUUUAGGGAAUGUUCAGCUGCCAGCACCAUCACUGGGACCCCGCACCACUACGUCUGUGAACCACUCUGUGCAGAUGAACAGCAUGAACUCUGUUCCUGCGUUGGGAGUGACACCGUCCCGAAUGGCACAGCCCCAGGGUAUGCUGGGAGCACAUUCUAAUACUCUGGUGGGGCAGGCCCCCAGCCAAAGCAAGUUUUUGCCCCAGACUCAGUUCACAACCUCUGCAAACCCCAUGAAUGUGAAUAAUAUAAGCCUAGGACAAACUACAGCCCCAGCAGGCAACUCUCAGCAGGGACAAGUAUCAAGCACUACUCUUUCAAUGAAUAACUCAUUAAGUAUGUUGGGGUCACAAGGCAAUCAGCUGUCAGCCUGUCCACCUGUUUCACAGCAGCCUCUACAUCAGACUCCUCCUCCUCCUCCUGUAUCAGCAGCUGGAAAUGUGCCAUCAGUGCAGCACCAGACUCCACAAGGAUUAACUCCUCCACAGUCUGUUCCUACCCAGCCUUCCACACCAUUGUCUUUAAGUCAGGCAACAACACCUACACCAGGAUCUGUUUCUAGUACGUCACAAGCACAAAACACCCCCCCCACUCAGAUCUCUGCUCAGCCCCCAACUCCAGUACAGAUUCAACCUGUGUCAACACCGCAGUCGCAGCAGCAGCCAUCAUCUGUGCAGGCUCAGCCACCCACUUCUCCACUAUCCCACUCUGCUGCUAGCAUUGACAACAGAGUGCCCACUCCAGGAUCAGUAACCAGCACUGAUGUCAGUUCCCACCAGGCUCUCACUGAUGCAUCAGUAUCAGAAAGUAAAUCAGAAAUAAAGCCAGAAGAGAUGGAGGCACAACCACCAAGCGAACCACAGUCUGACCCAAAAACAGAGGUUGAAGAAGAGUCAUCGUCCUCCCCUUUGCAGGUAAAAGAAGUUCAAAGUGUGGAGUCAAAGCCAGAGCCCAUGGAUGUGGAAGAAAAGAAAUGUGUAACAGGAAAAACAGAACCUAAAGAGGAGGAUGACGGUGGAUUUAAUAGCACAGCAUCCCAGUCAGCUUCUCCAUCUCAACCACGCAGAAAGAUUUUCAAACCUGAGGAGCUACGACAGGCACUCAUGCCUACUCUUGAAGCACUUUAUAGGCAAGACCCAGAAUCGCUCCCCUUCCGUCAGCCCGUGGACCCCCAGCUACUUGGAAUCCCUGUGAGUGCACAUCGAAAUAGGGGUGGGCGGGGACAGGGGUCACUGUCCAUCCGAGAUUACUUUGAUAUUGUGAAGAACCCCAUGGAUCUAUCAACAAUUAAGCGAAAGCUAGACACAGGGCAGUAUCAAGAGCCUUGGCAGUAUGUGGAUGACGUCUGGCUCAUGUUUAAUAAUGCCUGGCUGUACAAUCGCAAGACUUCCCGUGUUUACAAGUACUGCACUAAGCUAGCCGAGGUCUUUGAGCAAGAAAUUGACCCUGUCAUGCAGUCACUUGGCUAUUGCUGUGGCCGCAAGUAUGAAUUUUCACCACAAACCCUGUGCUGCUAUGGGAAGCAGCUAUGCACAAUUCCUCGUGAUGCUGCAUACUACAGCUACCAGAACAGGUAUCACUUCUGUGAAAAGUGUUUUAAUGAGAUUCAGGGAGAAAAUGUUACACUUGGUGAUGACCCUGCACAGCCUCAGACAACAAUUUUGAAGGAACAGUUUGAAAAGAAGAAAAAUGAUACAUUAGACCCAGAGCCGUUUUUGGACUGUAAAGAAUGUGGGCGUAAGAUGCACCAAAUUUGUGUGUUGCACUAUGAAAUCAUCUGGCCAACAGGCUUUAUUUGUGAUAACUGCUUAAAGAAGACUGGGAGAACAAGGAAGGAGAACAAAUUCACUGCCAAGAGAUUACAAACUACUAGGUUGGGUAACCACUUAGAAGACCGAGUGAAUAAAUUUCUACGACGUCAGAACCACCCUGAAGCUGGAGAGGUUUUUAUCCGAGUAGUAGCCAGCUCUGAUAAAACAGUUGAAGUCAAGCCAGGAAUGAAAUCAAGGUUUGUGGAUACAGGUGAAAUGUGUGACUCCUUUCCUUACCGAACCAAAGCAAUUUUUGCAUUUGAAGAGAUUGAUGGAGUUGAUGUUUGUUUUUUCGGAAUGCAUGUUCAAGAAUAUGGCUCAGAUUGUCCUCAUCCCAAUGUCAGACGAGUGUACAUAUCAUACCUUGACAGUAUUCACUUCUUUCGGCCACGAUGUCUGAGAACUGCCGUGUACCAUGAAAUUCUCAUAGGGUACCUUGAGUAUGUGAAGAAACUUGGAUAUGUGAUGGCUCAUAUAUGGGCUUGCCCACCAAGUGAAGGAGAUGACUAUAUUUUUCACUGCCACCCUCCUGACCAGAAAAUCCCUAAACCCAAGCGACUGCAAGAAUGGUACAAGAAGAUGUUGGACAAAGCCUUUGCUGAGCGAAUUAUUCAUGACUACAAGGAUAUCUUCAAGCAAGCAACUGAAGACAGACUUACAAGUGCCAAGGAGUUGCCUUACUUUGAGGGUGAUUUUUGGCCCAAUGUGCUGGAGGAGAGCAUUAAAGAGCUUGAACAGGAAGAAGAAGAGAGGAAAAAGGAAGAGAACACAGCAGCCUGUGAAAUUGACGAUGGCCCUCAGGGGGACAGCAAGAAUGCCAAGAAAAAGAACAACAAGAAAACUAACAAAAAUAAAAGCAGUGUGAGUCGUGCUAGCAAGAAGAAACCAGGGAUCCCCAGUGUGUCCAAUGACCUGUCUCAGAAGCUAUAUGCCACAAUGGAGAAACACAAAGAGGUGUUUUUUGUGAUUCACCUCCAUGCGGGUCCUGUAAUCAACACACUGCCUCCAAUAAUUGACCCUGACCCUCUGCUGAGUUGUGACCUCAUGGAUGGACGGGAUGCCUUCUUGACAUUGGCCAGAGACAAACACUGGGAAUUCUCUUCUCUGCGUCGAUCCAAGUGGUCAACAAUGUGCAUGCUGGUUGAGCUGCACACACAAGGCCAGGAACGGUUUGUCUAUACAUGUAACGAAUGUAAAAAUCACGUGGAGACUAGAUGGCACUGCACUGUUUGUGAGGAUUAUGACCUCUGUGUUGGCUGCUACAACACUAAAAGCCACGAACACAAGAUGGUUAAAUGGGGAUUGGGUCUUGACGAUGAGAGCAAUAGCCAAGGGGAGCAGCAGUCCAAGAGCCCACAGGAGUCACGCCGUCUAAGUAUCCAGCGCUGCAUCCAGUCAUUGGUUCAUGCUUGUCAGUGUCGCAAUGCAAACUGCUCUUUACCAUCCUGUCAGAAGAUGAAACGGGUUGUUCAGCAUACCAAGGGUUGCAAACGCAAGACUAACGGAGGCUGCCCAGUGUGCAAACAGCUCAUUGCUCUCUGCUGCUAUCAUGCCAAGCACUGUCAAGAGAACAAGUGUCCUGUGCCCUUCUGUGUAAAUAUCAAACACAAGUUACGUCAGCAACAGUUGCAGCACCGCCUCCAGCAGGCUCAGCUAAUGCGACGGAGGAUGGCCACCAUGCAGGGUCGAAGUGUACCUCCACAGAGUUUGCCUUCUCCUACCUCAACUGCUCCUGGUACUCCAACAGGGCAGCAGCAGCCAAGCACACCUCAGACACCUCAGCCUGCACCUCAAACCCAGCCCUCACCUAUGAGUAGCAUCACACCUGGCUUUUCGCCUGUUGCAAGAACACAGCCACCUACUCCUGUAUCUCAAGGAAAACCUACAAAUCAAGUAUCACCACUACCUGUAACACCUACACAGCCUCCACCAGCAGCAGUGGAAGCAGCUAGACAAAUUGAACGGGAAGCUCAACAGCAACAACAACUUUACAGGGUUAGUAAUCUGAACAGUGGUUUGCCUGUGACCCGCCAAGGAAUGGUAAAUCAAACAGUGGGUGCUGUGAACCCUGUGCAGACUAUAAAUAUGGCUGUAUCUCGACCUGCUCCUGUAACUGGGGCUGUACUGCAAAACAUGCAGACAGGACAGUGGCAGCCCAGUCAGCUGGCACCACAGCAGCAGCAACAACCACCACCUCCACCACCACCACCUACACAACCUAUGACACAAGGAAUGCCAAGAGGUGCCAUGACAGUAGCAGUACAGACUCCACCGGGUGUGAGAGGCCCAGGCAUCCAGCAGCCAACCCGCAGCAUAACUCCUGGUGCACUGCAUGAUCUCUUACGGACUCUUAAAUCUCCAAGCUCCCCUCAGCAGCAGCAACAAGUGCUCAACAUUCUGAAGUCAAAUCCACAGCUAAUGGCAGCAUUUAUAAAGCAAAGGACAGCUAAAUACCAGGCAACUCAACCAGGGAUACAGCAGCAGCAACAGCAACAACCACAAGGUAUACAGCCUCAGCCAGGCCUGCAGCAACAGGCACAGCAGUCAAGUUUGCACCCUCAGCCUAAUAUGCAGAAUCCCCUACAGAACAUAAGCCCAAUGCAGGUUGCAGUACAGAGGAACACUGUGCCUUCUCCACAACAGGCACUGGGGGCAAUGAACACCCAGGGACAAACAAUACCCAUCAUAAAUCCUGGUCACAAUCCCACCAUUGCUAACAUGACACAGUACAGGGAAUUAAUCAGAAGGCAAAUAAUUCAGCAGCAGCAGCAGCAGCAACAGAGUGCUGGAAUGGCAGGUCAUAGUCAGUUUCAGCAGCCACAAGGACCUGGCGGUUACCCCCAAACCUUACAACAGCAGCAGCAGCGAUUACAACAGCAUAUGCCUAUGCAGGGCAACUCUAUGGGACAAAUUAAUCCAAUGGGGCAGCCAGGAAUGGGAACUGAUGGGGUAUCUACCAUGCAGGUUCUUCAGCAAAGACUUCUACAACAGCAACAACAGCAACUAAAACAACAGAUGGCCUCUGGGCAGCCCAAUCCCAUGAGUCCUCAACAGCACAUGCUCUCAGGACAGCCACAACCAUCUCAUCUCUCAGGCCAGCAGAUCGCAACAUCUCUCAGUAAUCAAGUGCGAUCUCCGGCACCUGUCCAGUCUCCACGCCCCCAAUCCCAACCACCACAUUCCAGCCCCUCGCCAAGAAUACAACCUUCUCCUCAUCAUGUGUCCCCUCAGACUGGUUCCCCUCACCCUGGACUUGCAGCUCCCAUGGCUAGCUCCAUGGAUCAGGGACAUAUGGGUACCCCAGAACAGAGUGCAAUGCUUCCACAGUUAAGCACCCCAAAUAGGGGUGUGUUACCCAGCGACUUGGCUCUGGUGGGUGACACCACAGGAGACACAUUAGAAAAAUUUGUGGAGGGUUUGUAGCAUUAAGGGAGCAAAUAUUUUUAUUUUCUCAGACUUUGUACUGAAAAUUCAGACCGCUAGGCGGUUUUUAUACCUAGUUGGAACUGCUGCUUCAUAUACAUAGAGGGAUGAAUUGUUUAAAACAAAAAACAAAGAAUAUAUUUUUUGUUCAGACCAGCUGCAAAAUGCCCUGGUGUCCGGGUUUUUCUGUUAUGUGUUUUUGUUUUAUGUUGUUGUUGCUAUGGACUCAUGCCUAAUUUUUAAAUGAAAAACAGUUCCUUAUAUUAUUCAUAUUUUUUAUUUUGGAGAAUUUAAGCAUUUUGUGUUUUAAAAAGAAAAAAAACAAAUCUAAAGGACAUUUCCGAGAAAAAAUGCAACAUUCUAAUGUAUACCAGUACCUUUCAGCUGUGUUGCGGGAAGACAUUUUCUAUGGUGAAAUUCGUGCAAACGUUUCAAGUAUUAACUUUGUAAAGAUAGGACUCUACAUUAUUGCACACACACUGGCCAAUGCCAAAAUCUUUUGUCUUGCAGAAUUAAAUUUUUUUUUUUUUUUUGUGUCAGAUCAUCUGAUUUUAUUGGGGAAAAAACUUUAGACUGAUCACCUCUGGACUACACUGAUUUUAAAUCGAGAGGACAAACCUCCUUUAUUCUAAGUGAAAACUUGAAAUGAGGAAAAGCAAUUCUAGUGUAAAUCAUGCAAGUUAUAUAAUUACUAUAAAUAUGAAACCCCCAAACUCCCAAUCACUGUAUAGUCUGGUUCAGAGAACUCAAUUUCUUACUUAUAUAUCAUAUUGUUAAAUAAACUGUGUGCAACAGAUACAAAGGCUUAUAUUCUUGACUGCGUCUAGAAAGCAUCAUCAUUUUCUUUGUCACAGGGUCUGUGGCAGGCUGGGGAGGGAAAUGACUUACUGUUUUCAACAUUGUAUUUUGACUAUGCAUGUCUCUUUCCCAUUGUACAUAAAAUAUUGUUUAAAGUUGUUAUAAAUAACAGAUGCUUUUUUCAAA